AUGAGGAUCGAUUGGUUUUUAUGUCAUCUUAUAUCAGUCUUCUAUGAUUCUGUUUCCACUCUUAAGCUUGCACGAGGAAGUCAGCUAGUUUGUAGAUGGAAUAUUUUCUCAAACAUACUUGGUGUUGCAAAAAAAGGAGAGGAAAAUGUGGUGGACAGUUGGAGCCGGUACGAUUCUGAGUUAAAAAAAUUACCUGAAUCGCAGCAGAAGACAUACACUGAGGGAUUCAUAAAAGGCCUUCUUGCUUCAAAGUCAUCAGGAUCACAACCACCAAAGAAGUCGAGCACGCUUACUCGUUUCUAUAUAUUCUUGGCUGCAUGUAUCCUCAUCGGGUAUUUGACCGGUGCAAUUCGUGUUCGAAUAGGCGAUCGCCAGUUUGGUUCUCUCUUCUUUUCAAACACACAAGAAGUGAAGCCUGAAGACGUCCAAGUAACAUUCGACGAUGUUCGAGGGAUGGACGAAGCGAAGUUGGAGGUGGAAGAAAUCGUGUCGUAUCUACGAGAUCCUGAGAAAUACUCGCGCCUUGGUGGCCGACUUCCUAAAGGUGUACUACUGGUAGGACCUCCAGGAACAGGCAAAACGCUUUUGGCAAGAGCGAUUGCUGGCGAAGCACAGGUGCCAUUCUUCCAUACAUCAGGGUCAGAAUUUGAUGAAGUACUAGUAGGUCAAGGAGCUAGGAGAGUUCGUGAUCUUUUUGACAAAGCGAAAGCAAGGGCACCGUGUAUUAUCUUCAUCGAUGAAAUCGACAGUGUCGGUUCCAAGCGCGUUUCCAACAGUAUCCAUCCAUACGCUAAUCAAACGAUUAAUCAAUUACUAAGUGAAAUGGAUGGAUUCAACAGGAACGAGGGUGUCAUUGUGAUUGGAGCAACGAAUCGAGUGGAUGACUUGGAUAAAGCUUUGCUUCGUCCAGGUCGAUUUGAUGUACGAGUAACCGUUCCGAAACCUGAUCUUGCUGGUCGUACUGAUAUUUUCAGCUUCUAUCUGCAAAGGAUCGUACAUUCUCCUAACGUAGACCCAAGAACAUUGGCGAAGGGUUCUACUGGUUUUACUGGUGCUGACAUAGAAAAUAUGGUUAAUCAAGCUGCACUGAAAGCCGCCAAAGAGUCUGCCAUUGAAGUUACAAUGGCGCAUUUAGAUGAGGCGAAAGACAGAGUGCUUAUGGGUCCUGCUCGCACUGGUGGAAGGAUACCAGAUGAGGAAGCCAACAGAAACACUGCGUAUCACGAAGCUGGGCAUACGCUGGUCUCGUUAUAUACAAAAUAUGCUAAUCCGCUUCAUAAGGUCACAAUUAUCCCUCGUGGGCAGUCGCUUGGUCACACAUCUACCAUACCAGAAAAGGAUGAAUACCAAAUGACAAAAGGUCAACUGCUUGCCACUAUUGAUGUAAUGAUGGGUGGAAGGGUUGCAGAGGAGAUUAUUUUUGGAGACGACAUGAUUACAACUGGAGCUGCCGAUGAUUUAAAGAAAGCGUCACAGCUGGCUGUACAAAUGGUCAAGGUUGGAUUGCGCGACUUCACAGCGGACGAUUCUUCAUCAACAUCGUUAGUGAAGAUGAGUGAUCUAAGCCCACAAACAGCGGAAGCUAUCGACAAGGAAAUCAACCAAGUUUUGCAAGAUAGUUAUCAGCGCGCAAAGGAUAUUCUGCUUAAGCAUCGCAAGGAGCAUCAACUCUUAGCAGAAGCGCUAUUGGAAUACGAGACUCUAUCAGCAGAUGAGGUCAAACGUGUUAUUUCAGGGAAGAAAAUAGUGCGUCCAACGCCUGCUGCUCUAAAGCGAAGCAAUGAAAGCCGUAUUCCAAGCUCACUCGUUCACAUUCACAUAUUGGAUGAAGGGAGAAAAUGA